AUGUUGCACUGCAACUGGCGCAAGUAUAAUUGUGGCGAUCUCGUUUUCGCCAAGUUAAAGGGUUAUGCCCACUGGCCUGCGCGGAUAGAACAGAUGACUGAAUCUAACAGAUACCAAGUAUUUUUUUUCGGGACCCACGAGACGGCGUUUCUGGGCCCCAAACACCUCUUCCCGUACGAGGAGUCCAAGGAGAAGUUCGGCAAGCCCAACAAGAGGAGCGGGUUCAGCGAGGGACUGUGGGAGAUCGAGAACAACCCUACUGUCAAGGCUUCCGACUAUCAGUUCUCCCAAGAUAAGAGCUGUGAUGAAGAGCCUGAGACUGAACCGGAACCGGAGCCGGAGGGCACUGAGGACGUCGGGGUCAAGAAGAGGGCCGCCGAGGGCAGCAGUAAGGAGGUGGGGAAGCUGGUCAUCGACGAGCCCACCAAGGAGACCGAGAAGGGGGCACUGAAGGGGAGCGUGGAGGACCUGCUGCUGGACCCUCCCAAACGUCCCAAGGAGGCCGACCCGGAAGGGGAAGAGAAGGCGGAAGCCGCGGUGGAGGAGGAGAGGCCUCUCGUGGUGGAGGUGGAAAACAACAGCAUCCCAUCUGAGCCCACUUCUCGCUGGGGGCCGCCGCAGGAGGAGCAGGAGGAGAGAGCCCUGGAGAAAGAGGCAGAGGUUCCAGGCGUCGGAGGUCGCGAGAGCCUGUAG